AUGGAGCCAAGGCGACAAUUCUACCGGCUAUAUAAACAGUACCACUCAUCUGUUUGCAUACCAAAAUAUUCAUCAAUUGCAAGAAUAUCAUAUAUAAGGCCAAGCGCGCGCACUAUAACUGAUCUUCGGUCCCGCUCAGAACCCCGAGUCUUCCCCAGUUCUGGAUGGGAGAACAUCGAACCUUCUUUCCUGGUUGAAGAAGAAAAUAUUCCAACUUAUAAACCCGAGAAGUUCUAUCCAGUCCGUAUUGGUGAAGUUUUCAACCAUCGGUAUCAGGUGGUCGGCAAGCUUGGCUAUGGAUCAACUGCGACAGUGUGGUUAUGCCGUGAUUUACUGGGUCACUGUUAUGUAGCACUUAAGGUUUACAUUACCUCAACAUCCGUCUCUCAGGAGAUUGAGAUUUAUAACCACCUAAAAACAACACAGUCCGAUCACGCAGGCCAGUCAUGUCUGCGAUCGUUGAUUGAAACAUUUCAGGUUCGGAAUCCUGAUGGGCAUAGAAAUCAUACAUGCCUGGUGCAUCCGCCGCUGGGCAUAAGCCUCGACCAGCUCAUGCCACUCCUCCCUGGUAAGGUCAUGAGCAGCUCUAUGGUGAGAACAACUAUGCGAAAUAUCCUCGCGGCUCUAGACUUCCUUCAUACCGAAGCACACGUCAUACAUACAGACAUCCAACCAAAUAACAUUCUUCUUGGUAUCAAAGAUACUUCAAUCUUAUCGCGUUUUGAAGAAGCGGAGGUUGAAGGUCCUGUACCCCGAAAGUCUCUCUCAGAUCGUACAAUCUACGUCUCACGACCACUCCCUAUUUCCUUUGGCACCCCUGUGCUCUGUGACUUGGGCGAGGGUCGAUUGGGGGUAGACAAUCAAACGGGUGAUAUCAUGCCUGAUAUCUAUCGCGCACCGGAAGUCAUCCUGAAUAUGAACUGGGACAACAAGGUUGACAUUUGGAAUGUCGGGAUGGUAAUUUGGGAUCUUUUCGAACAUUGUCACCUUUUCAGGGCCCGAAAUGACGAAGGAAAGCUGGAUGAUGGACAGCAUUUAGCAGAAAUGCAAGCUGUUCUAGGAAGGCCUCCUGCAGAGUUUCUCGCCCGAAGCGCGAAGUCGCCCCAAUUCUGGGAUGCCAACGGCCAAUGGAAAGGUCCAGUUCCAAUUCCGGAUCACGAUCUCGAGACUCUGGAAGAAAGACUUGAAGACGACGAAAAGGAAGACUUCCUGCGAUUCCUGAGGCGCAUGCUUUGCUGGUUGCCGGAAGAAAGAGCAACUGCAAAGGAGCUGUUGUUUGAUCCUUGGUUGAUGCACGGUCUUUUCAGAUAA